AAGGACGGGGCCGGGACCCCGCUCGGUGCCCGGGCCCGCGGCGGGCUCCGCGCUGACCGACAGCAGCUCGGAGGUGUCGGACUGCAGCGCCUCGGAGGAGGCGAAGCUGAUGUCGCUGGAGCUGGGGCUGAGCGGCAGCGAUGGCGAGUCCCCGGGCAGCGCCCCGCCGCCGCCGCCCUCGGCCGGAGAGGCGUCGCCGCUGCCCGAGGAGCCCUCGGCCGCCUCGGUGGCCAGCAGCCGCCUGCAGCUCAGCACCUCGCUCGCCUUCUCCGACCUCACCGAGGAGCUGCUGGACGGCGGCACCGACGGGCUGCUCCGCGAGCUGGAGGACCUGCGCUCCGAGAACGACUAUCUCAAGGAUGAGAUCGAGGAGCUGCGUGCCGAGAUGCUGGAGAUGCGGGACGUGUACAUGGAGGAGGACGUGUACCAGCUGCAGGAGCUGCGGCAGCAGCUGGACCAGGCCAGCAAGACGUGCCGCAUCCUGCAGUACCGGCUGCGCAAGGCCGAGCGCCGCAGCCUGCGCGUGGCGCAGACCGGCCAGGUGGACGGAGAGCUCAUCCACAGCCUCGAGCAGGACGUCAAGGUGGCCAAGGACGUCUCUGUGCGGCUCCACAACGAGCUGGAGGUGGUGGAGAAGAAGAGGAUCCGGCUGGAGGAGGAGAACGAGGAGCUGCGCCAGCGGCUGAUCGAGACCGAGCUGGCCAAGCAGGUGGUGCAGAACGAGAUGGACAAGCUCCGAGAGAACUCCCUGAAGAAGCGGGGGUCUCGCUCCAUGGGCAAGACUGAGAAGAAGCCAUCAGUGCAGGAGGACAGUGCAGACCUGAAGUGCCAGCUGCAUUUUGCCAAGGAGGAGUCAGCCCUGAUGUGCAAGAAGCUGACCAAGCUGGCCAAGGAGAACGAUGGCAUGAAGGAGGAGCUGCUGAAGUACAGGUCCCUGUACGGGGAUCUCGACAGCUCGCUCUCCGUGGAGGAGCUGGCUGACUCGCCCCAUUCCCGGGAGGCUGAGCUGAAGGUCCACCUCAAGCUGGUGGAGGAGGAAGCCAACAUCCUGAGCCGGAGGAUCGUGGAGCUGGAGGUGGAGAACCGCGGGCUGCGGGCGGAGAUGGACGACAUGAAGGGCCAGGGGGACAGGGAGCUGCCGGGGCAGGACUCCCGGUUCCUGCUGGGCGCCUCGAGCUGUGGGGACGCGGGGGACACGGUGGCCGAGCUGCGCCGGCACCUGCAGUUCGUGGAGGAGGAGGCCGAGCUGCUGAGGCGCUCGCUGCUGGAGCUGGAGGAGCAGAACAAGCUGCUCCUGAGCGAGCUGACCAAGUACAAGUCGGAGCACGAGCUGGACGUGACGCUGUCCGAGGACAGCUGCUCGGUGGUCAGCGAGCCCUCGCAGGAGGAGCUGGCCACGGCCAAGGUGCAGAUCAGCGAGCUCAGCGGCAAGGUGAAGAAGCUGCAGUACGAGAACAGGGUGCUGCUCUCCAACCUGCAGCGCUGCGACCUGGCCUCCUGCCAGAGCACCCGGCCCAUGCUGGAGACCGACGCCGAGGCCGGCGACUCGGCGCAGUGUGUGCCCCCCGCCGGCUGGAGGGACGGCGAGGCCGACGGGCAGGACAGGGCGCUGGGCAGCGGGAAGGUGCCCGACGGCCCCGCCAAGCUGCUCAAGCCCAAGGACCUGGAGACUUUGCUGGGCAUCCGAGACCAGGCCACGCUGGUCAGCAAAGCCAUCGAUGUCCUGAUUUCGGAUGCCAACGGGUUCACCUCGGGGCUGAAGGCUUGCUUGGACAAUGAGUGUGCGGGGGUGCUGCUGGGCGAGGCAGUGGGCAGCGCUGCUGACAGCCCCAGCGACGCCAAGCUGAUGAACGUGCUGCUGAUGCGGCUGGGCGUGCUCCAGCAGGACCUGGGCUGCUUUGUGAGGAAGGUGGAUCACCUCACUGGCGGCUUCAAGGAGCACGUGGACUCGUUCCCCUUCUCCAGCCCCAGCAGCCACGAGGUCACCAAAGAGGGGCUGCCGAAGGAGCACGCCUCCGACAGCCACGAGGUCACCAAAGAGGGGCUGCAGAAGGAGCACGCCUCCGACUUCCAGCAGCCUGAUUUUAGGGACGCCGACCCUUUCCGCCCGCCCCACACCAAGGACGUGGACCCCGCCCAUCCCCGGAGCUACAAAACCUGCCGGGCUGAGGAGAACGACUCCUACGCCACCGAGAUGAAGGAGCUGCAGCUGGUGCUGUCGGAGGCCAACGAGAGCCUGCGGGGGCUGCAGGAGCAGCUCUCACAGGAGAGGCAGCUGAGGAAGGACGAGGUGGACAACUUCUCACAGAAGAUCUGCCAGCUGAAGGAGGACCACCAGAAAGCACUGCUGCGACGGGAGUUUGAGCUGCAGAGCCUGAACCUGCAGAGGCGGCUGGAGCAGAAGUUCUGGAGCCAGGAGAAGAACCUGCUGGUGCAGGAGUCACAGCAGUUCAGGCAGAGCUUCCUCCUGCUCUUCAUGAAGCUCAAGUGGUUCCUCAAACGCUGGCGCCAGGGCAAGGUGGUGCACAGUGAGGGCGAGGACUUUUUGGAGGUGAACAGCAUGAAGGAGCUGUACCUGCUGCUGGAAGAGGAGGAGCUAGCCCCGCAGCAGCAGGCAGACAACAAGAUGUGUGCUGGGGACAGCUGGACCCCCAACACGCCCAACGAGUGCAUCAAGACUCUGGCAGACAUGAAGGUGACCCUGAAGGAGCUGUGCACGGAGCUGCGGGAGGAGCGGCGCGGUGCCGGCGAGCUGCAGCAGCAGUUCACCAAGGCCAAGGCUGCCUGGGAGAUGGAGCGUGCUGAGCUCAAGUGCCACAUUGCCCAGCUGGAGUCAAAGGCCGGCAAAGGCAUCGCAGAGCGGGCACUGCCAGACUGGAAGGUGGCACUGAAGAGGGAGCGAGAGGAGCACCAGCAUCUCCUGGCAGAGUCCUACAGUGCUGUCAUGGACCUCACCAAGCAGCUGCAGAUCAGCGAGAAGAACUGGAACCAGGAGAAGGUGGAGCUGCUGGCUCGCUUCAAGGAGGAGCAGCAGCAGGCAGAGCAGCAAGCGAAGGACCUGCAGAACAAACUCAACCAGUUGCAGAAAGGAUCCAGUCCAUGGGCAUUGAAGCACUCUGAAAUGGAGAAGCAUGGCAGCAACUGGAAAGAGGCUCUCAAUGAGAAAAUCACAGACAAGGAGACAAUCUCUGAAGCAAAAGCCAAGGGAACCAACCUCAAAAGGACCAAGUCUGUUUCCUCCAUGUCAGAGUUUGAAAGCUUGCUCGACUGUUCUCCCUACCUCCCUGGAAAGAAUGUGCCAGGGCUGGGUGACCAUGCCCGGGGCAAAAAGGCAUCCUCAACCACGCAGAUGCUGCCCAAUGGGAUCCGGGACAGCGCCAGCCUUCCUCCUUCAAACUGUACAUAUGUGAAUAUCGAACAACCUGCCCCUGACAGCCUGGCCAAGGAGAAGCUGGACAUCUCCUCCUGGGACUACUCACAGGCAAGCAGCCUCUCGGGGCACGACCCAGCUCAGAAGCAAAUCCAGAGGAGCUACACGGCGCCCGACAAGACAGGGAUCCGCAUCUACUACAGCCCGCCGGUGGUGCGCCGGCUGGAGGCGCCGCUGGUGCACAACAAGGAGGGCAAGAUCAUGAUCGAGCCCGGCUUCUUGUUCACCAUGGCCAAGCCCAAGGAGCCGGAGCAGUCGGCCAGCGCCGAGGGCACCUACAGCCAGUGGCUGUGCAACUUCUCCAAGCAGCAGCAGGAGCUGCUGGACGGCGGCGCGGGGGACGGCGCGGUGCCGCCGGUGCCGCGCUUCCCGCCCUCGCUGCACGAGCUGGAGAUCUCCGGCAACAUGAGCGACGACAUGAAGGAGAUCACCAACUGCGUGCGCCAGGCCAUCUGCUCCAGCUCGCUGGAGAGGAAGGUGAAGAGCACCUCCAGCCAGACGGUGGGGCUGGCCCACGUGGGCACGCAGACCAUCCAGACGGUCAGCGUGGGCCUCCAGACCGACCUGCCCCGCGGCGCCGGCGUGCACGGCAAGAGCUGGUCCCCGCGCAGCUCCUCCCUCGUGUCCGUGCGCAGCAAGCAGAUCUCCUCCUCCCUGGAUAAGGUCCACUCCAGGAUCGAGCGGCCGUGCUGCUCCCCAAAAUACGGCUCUCCGAAGCUCCAGAGGAGGUCUUCCUCCAAGCUGGACGCCUCCAAGGACAGGAGCCUGUGGAACCUGCACCAGAGCAAGCAGAACGGCUCUGCCUGGGCCCGCUCCACCACCACCCGCGACAGCCCCGUCCUCAGCAACAUCAACGACGGGCUGUCCAGCCUGUUCAGCGUGGUGGAGCACGCGGGCAGCACCGAGUCCAUCUGGAAGCCGGGCUGCCCUGAGAGCGGCCGGGCCAAGCCCGAAGCACCCAAGUACGGCCUGGUGCAGGAGUUCUUCAGGAACGUCUGCGGGCGGGCGCAGAGCCCCACCGCGCCCCAGGAGAAGAAGGAGGCCGCUGGGGAGGAGAGCAAGAGAGCUGAGCACCCCGGCCCCGCCAGCCACCACCCGGCCGAAAACUUCUCCCGCGUCUUGAACAAGAAGGUGCUCAAGCAGGGCAGCUGCGAGGACACCAAGCCCUUGUCCGCUGGCCAGGCCAGUAAGGACGCGGCCCUGCGGGACCCCGACCUCAUCUCGGCCAUAGCCAGCGAGGACACGGCGUGCGAUUGCAGCUCCCAGUCCCUCACCUCCUGCUUUGCCCGGCCUUCCCGCUCCGCGGUGCGCCACUCCCCCUCCAAGUGCAAACUGCACGCCGCGGAGCCCCCCAGGGCGGAGGAGAAGCCGGGGGCCUCGACCUGCAAUGUAAAACCAAGUGCAUUUUAAAAAUACCGAAAUGAGCUACCUUGGAGAGGCACCAAUUGGAUUAAGAGAUUGUGGGUUGGGCGGCUGCAGCGUGGCCCGCGGUCUGCGCCGCGUGUCCCUCCGUCAUCACCAGAAAAAGCCUUACCCAGGGAGGGAGGGGGCAGCAGCCACAGCCCCCACGGCACUGCACAGCUCCUGGGGCUUGGGGACUGCCACCCAGCCCAGCACAGAGCAGCCUUGUGCCUCUGUGCCGCUCCAGGACAGAACAGAUUUCUGAGGCAGCUGCCUGACCUAUUUUCAAGCUGCCUGCCAGGGGCCAGGCAGGGAUUCAUCCAGAUGGAGCUGCCUGCAGGUGCUUGGGGCUCAAAGCAUUGCUCUGGGGCUGUGUGCCUUGUUCUGGGAGCUCCGUACACUGCUCCAAAGGGUCUGUGCAUUGCUCUGGGGCUCUGUACACUGCUCCAAAGGGUCUGUCCAUUGGUCUGGGGCUCUGUACACUGCUCCAAAGGGUCUGUGCAUUGCUCUGGGGCUCUGUACACUGCUCCAAAGGGUCUGUCCAUUGCUUUGGAGCUCUAUACACCACUCCAAGAGCCCUGUGCAUUGCUCCAGGAGCCCUGUAAACGGCUUCCAGGGCCUCUGCACAUUGGCAUCUUGCAGUUUCUCUUACAAACUGCUGGUGCUGCCGAGGCUGCUGCCCUCUCCUGUCCAGCUGCUGGCUGCCCGCAGCAGCUGCUGCAUCACUGCCACGUCGCAGCCUCCGUCAGCAUCUCGGUGCCAGCCGCUCACUGCCUGUGUCCCCAGACACACCAGCAUCAGCCAGGGCCCAG